AUGGUCCAAGGUCAAACCAAAGGCUUGAAAAAGCACAAGUCUUCCACUUCGCGACACGCUGCAAAGGCGGCAGCAGCCCCAAAGAAGGGCAAGCGCUACAUCGCACCGAAGAAAGCUGCCGCCGUGAAGCACGCAGCAAUACACCGCGAGUUGAGCGCGAAGAUAAACAAGAGCAUCGAGCACCAGGUUGCGACCGCUGCGUCGUCCGGGAAGCUCACGAUCAUGAAGAACGUGGCGCUGGAGGGUGUCGCGAAGGCAGCCAAAAGCAAGAAAAAGUCGUGA